AUGAUAUCUCUCUCUUCUACCUCUUUUGUGCAGAUCCAAAUGAAAAAACUCAAACUCAAACUCAAUGUACUCAAAUACAAACCCUAGGCUAUGAACCCCUUUAUCAUUGUGUACUUAAACCCUUCCAUGGAGCUUAUUUAGUGUUAUAAAACAAUGUUAUUACUUUUUUUUUUAAUUUUUAUUUCCCUUUUGCUUUAAAGAAAAAAAAAUCAGCUUUUUAUUUUUUUUUGGUCUUUCUGGGUCCCUCCCUCCUUUCCCAUUUUGUACCUUGAAUUUGAAGCCAAGCCAUUUCGUCUCUCAUUCUCUGUGACUCUGUUUGGGAAUCCCUAGAAGGAGAAUUAAGGUGAGGGGAAAUGGCGACAAGAGGUAGUAGAUCAGAGAAGGUGAAGAGGAUUUUUCAGCAAUUUGAUGCGAACCAUGAUGGAGGGCUUAAUAGGGAAGAAAUGGCUGCGCUUGUUGUUGCUGUAAACCCUAGGGUCAAGUUCAGCGACGAGCAGAUCAAUGCCAUUCUUGACGAGGUGUUUCGGACCUAUGGUGAGUUUAUUGAUGGAGAGAAGGGUCUCACUUAUGAGGGACUCUUGCGCACCUACGACGAUGGCGCUGGUGAUGUUGACCGUGACUUCGACGCGCUUGGGCUUGAGCUCAAUUUUGAUGAAUCCAAAGGUGUUUCGAUUGCGUCUGAGGCCUCGUCGUCUUCGAUAAUUGACGAACGGGUGGUGGAGUCGCAGAAGAAGCAGAGGACGGCGGCCUGGGCGGUGUCGCCAAAUCACGGCAUCGUGUUCGACGAUACGUGGAAGAUUGUGGACGAUUUGGAGGUUUUGAUAAAGAGAUUAAAGACCAAGCAAGCCAAGGAUGGGAAAUUGAAAGCGGACAACUUCGACGCAUAUUCGGAUGCUGGCUGGUCCAGGGAAUUGGGACCUUCUGCUGAGAUUUCGGAGAAGAGAGUGUUUUGGGAAGAGUCUGGGCAUGACUAUGCUGUCUUUGUUAAGGAAUUGGGUGUUUUGAGGACCAGAGCUGAUGGAGCCAGGUCGAGGGAAGAAGCUUUCGAUGGGCACAUGGCGAUUGGGAGGGUCUUAUAUGAGCAUCAGCUGUUUAAGGAGGCUCUGGUGAGUUUCAAGAGGGCUUGUGAGUUGCAACCAAUCGAUGUUAGGCCACAUUUUAGAGCUGGGAAUUGCUUGUAUGUUCUGUGCAAGUAUAAGGAGGCAAAAGAGGAGUUCUUGUUGGCGCUCGAGGCAGCUGAGACGGGUGGGAACCAGUGGGCAUAUUUGCUUCCGCAGAUUUACGUUAAUCUUGGGAUUGCGCUUGAAGGUGAAGGUAUGGUUUUAAGUGCUUGUGAGUAUUAUAGAGAAGCUGCAAUUCUUUGUCCAACUCAUUUUAGAGCGUUAAAACUCUUGGGUAGUGCUCUUUUUGGGGUUGGAGAGUAUAGGGCGGCCGUGAAGGCCUUGGAAGAGGCAAUAUUUAUGAAACCUGACUAUGCCGAUGCGCAUUGUGAUUUGGCCUCUGCUUUGCAUGCCAUGAAUGAGGAUGAGAGGGCAAUUGAAGUGUUUCAGAAGGCCAUUGAUUUGAAACCCGGUCACGUGGAUGCUUUGUACAAUUUGGGUGGGCUGUAUAUGGAUAUGGGUAGGUUUCCGAGAGCUUCCGAGAUGUAUACUAGGGUUUUAGCUGUAUGGCCAAACCAUUGGCGGGCACAGCUCAACAAGGCUGUGUCCUUGUUGGGAGCUGGGGAAACUGAGGAUGCUAAAAAAGCUUUGAAGGAAGCAUUGAAAAUGACAAACAGGGUUGAGUUGCAUGAUGCAAUAUCUCAUUUGAAGCAGCUGCAGAAAAAAAAGGUGAAGCCAAACGGGGCUGCAAAUGGAGAGGGGGAUUUUAUUAUUGUGGAACCCUCAAAAUUUAAGACUGUUGGGGAAAGGACGACCUUAAGGCAGGAGUUAUCCACUGCCCUUGAGAUUAGAGCUUUUCAAAGGAUCACCAGAUUGAGUCGCUGUGAUGUAGAGCUACUGAAGAAGGAAAUGAGUGGUAAAGAUGUGCCCGUGUCCUAUUCUGGUGGUGGUGUUCCUGAGAGAUCCAUACGCAAACCUAACUUGGAAGAAAUACUUCGCAGGUUAUUAAGCUUUCUAAAGCCUGAGACCUUUCAGGGGGCUGUUAAAGCCAUUAACGAGAGAAUACUAUCUGGCUUGGAUGAUUCGGGCACAGGUAGGGUGGAUUUAGGCAUGUUUUAUGCUGUUUUAGCUCCCAUUUGCAGCGGCUCUCCAGAAAAGCGUAAACGAAUUGCCUUCGAUGCGCUUUUGUGGCGUCCUGUGAAUGAAGGUGGUUCUCAGCUCAGAAAAGUAGAUGCUACUGGAUACAUCAAACUGCUAAGGUCUAUCUAUAUCCCUUCUUAUGGAUCAAGUGAAAUUAUGGAAGUCCACGGAGAUACAGAUGCUUCAAUGGUGUCUUUCUCGGAGUUCCUUUCCAUGUUUGAUGAUACAGAUUGGGGUUUUGGUAUCAUGUCGACAUUAUUGAAGCUUGAAGCUGGGGACAGGAACCGCCAUGGCAACCAUAUCUGCUCGGUUUGCCGCUAUCCUAUUAUUGGUUCUCGUUUCAAAGAGAUGAAGGCUCAUUUUAGUUUGUGUAAUCAAUGCUACAGUGAGGGGAAGGUGCCUUCUGCCUACAAGCAAGAAGAGUACAAAUUCAAAGAAUACGGAAGUGAGACCGAAGUAAUGAAAGAUAAAUGCAUGUGUUUUAAUUUGCAUUCCAAUAACGACUCAUAGGUAGACCACUUUUUUUUUUCUUCAUCUUGUUGAUUUGUGUAUUUUAUUGUAGUUGUUCAGUGUGAAUUACACAUUUCUUGAAUGCCCUUGUAUAAUAAAUUGUUUUAAGAAGCGAUUCCAAUAUCAUUUGUGGAACAUCGCUUUCUUUCUUUCUUUCUUUUUUUUUUGUGUUGCCUUUUUUACUUUCUGAAAGACAUGUUUGUAUAGUGUGCUCAUUCCUGUACUUUGUGUAGAAGAAUAUUUGUUCCUUUCUUCAA